AUGGGAGGCCGCCCGGACGGCGGUCAGAGCGGCCGGCGAGAGGCCCCGACUCGGAACACCGUGAAGGCGCUGAACGCCACGGCGCAUGUCGCUUUAAAGCCCACGGGGCCGCUCCGGCCGGAGAAACGACGGAACGGACCCGGGGUCGCGAACGGGAGCUCCGUCGCCCGGCCAUCCGAGGACCGGUCCCUCCAGCGGGUGUCAGGGCUGCGCGAGCCUCUGGACGGGAAACUGAAAGCGCCCGGACUCGAGUCCCAGUUCUUCCUCCCGGUGUCCUUAGACGCCUUCGUGACCAAGGGCAGUGGGACACAGCACAGUACAGAGCGUGGGGUCCCCUUCAUGGGACACGCAAGACACCCCAAGCCCACCUGUGUGCACGGAGCUCAGGGGAGCAGCUACCUGUGGGGCCCAGAGACGGGCCGAAGGUCGUCGCUCGCCAUCAUCGCCCGGGUGACGGAGCAGAUGGCGCCCGCCGGCGCCGCCGCAGCUAAUUCACCUUCACGCCUGGGCGGUUUGCUCUGGCUAGACCACGUCCCAGACAGCACCCCGGACCUGCGCUGUGCGGGGGCCCCGGCACCGGCUUUCCCGCACGGCCGGGCCCACGCCGUGCCCUUCCUGCAGAGGCCGGAGAACCGGCCGGGCCCAGGGACCUGCCGGUGGCCACACCAGACGUCCUCGUCGGAGCCGCCCCCCGUGUCCUUGCCUGAGCUGAGCCCCUGGCCUGUGCCUCUGGCAGCCCUGGCCGCCGCUCUCGCCCGUCCGCUCCCCCGGCUGCACCAGUGCUCUCGCCCUGCAGACGAAGGCCUGUGGGACGUGUUCGUGAAGGACGUUCCUCGCGGCGCCACGUCCUACAGCAUCAGCCUGGACAGGCUCCGGCCCGGAGUGACCUACGAGUUCCGGGUGGCGGCCGUGAACCAGCUGGGCUACGGGGAGCCCAGCCGCCCGUCCGCAGCCGUGUCAGCGCAAGCGGACGCCCCGUUCUACGCCGAGUGGUGGUUCCUGCUGGUGCUGGCGCUGUCCUGCCUCGUCGUCGUGCUGCUGGCCGCGUUCGCCCUGGUCCUGCGCGGGCAGAGCCGGAGAUACAGGAGCUGCAGCACAGGUAAGGGCCUCUCCCACGUGGAGGAGUCCGUGACCCUGGAUAACGGGGGCUUCGCUGCCUUGGAGCUCAACAGCCGGCACCUCAGUGUCAAGAACACCUUCUCGAAGAAGAACGGGACCAGGUCCCCGCCCCGGCCGAGCCCCGGGGGGCUGCACUACUCCGACGAGGACAUCUGCAACAAGUACAACGGCGCCGCGCUGGCCGAGAGCAUGACCCUGCAGGAGAAGUCGGUGGACGCGUCCGAGUCCGAGGGCACCGACUCGGAGUCCGAGGACGCGCCGCCCCCGCACUCCUUCGUCAACCACUACCUGAGCGACCCCACCUACUGCGGCUCCUGGAAGCGGCGGGCCCCGGGCGGGCGCGCGGCCCCGCACCGGUACGAGGCGGUGGCGGCGGCCGAGGCCCCGCCCCUGCACACGGUGGUGACCACGCAGAGCGCCGUGUUCGCGCCCGCGGGCCUCGGCGCCCGGACUCCGCUCACCGGCUUCUCGUCCUUCGUGUGACCGGCCUCGGCCGGGGCGACCGCGCCGACCCUCGGACCGCCGUCCGCAGCGACUGAGCUCAGGCUCCUGUUCGCCGAGACCCGCAGGCGGAGGCCUCGCCUGCCCGGGAACGCUAGGUUUCAGUUCGGAAGGUUUUUUUAACGGCUUUUUGUAACAUCGCCGCGGGAAGCGGGCCUAUUUGUUUUCUUUUCUUUGUACGAGAAGGCGCAUUUCACGGUGCGACGGCUGGGCACCCGGACCCCGCAGGCCCCAGGCCGCGCUCUCCAUCCGCUGGACCAGGAGGCGGGAAGGGAGGAGGAGACGGAGGGUCCCGCGCGACCCCCGCCUGCCUCCAGGCCACCGGCCUCUUCUCUACCUCCUGGGCCUCCUGUCCGGACACCCAGCGGCCCCCCGGCCCUGUGGCCCGGCCGGCGGCUCCGUCCUGGGGUUGUAAGAGCGAAUGUCCGGCCCGGGCUCAGCGCAUGCCGGCCCGGCCGCGUCUGUCCCUGAGACGCUCUCGCUAGGCACUUGCUGGUGCAGGGGCCCGCCGGACCGUGCUGGGGGCCCGGCGGGAGACUGCGGGGUGGUGUCCUCUGACUGGUGACGGCCAGGGGUCGCCUCUGUGGCGUCCCAGUGGUGAAUCAUGGGGCUCGGGUCUUCCUUUCUCUCUGAACUGGGUAGUGCAGGAGCAGGAGCCCCCCCCCCCCCGCCCCCACGCUGGAAGCCCGCGCCGGCCCCCCAAGAACACAGCACACGCCAGCCCACGGAUCGGGGGGAAGACAGCGCGUUCCGGAAUUGCCUGUUGCGUGAGAGGUGUGCAUUGUUAACCAGAGUAUUUUUUAAAUCUUUUUAUCUUUUUUUAAAAUAUGUCACAUGAAAUGAAUGAGUCUCUGCUGUCUCCAGGUGCCUUUUUAUUGAUUGUUUAGCUUUGUCCGUGGGAAACACGGGAAGUGACGGUGUCUCCAAAUAAAGCAAACGGCUCUGAGAAAA